AGUUCCUCUUCCGAGGGCAGCUGUAAGAGCAAGAGCAAAGAGAACUGUGAUGGAGCACCAAAGUAUCACCAGUUAAAUGACCAUAUUAAAGCAAACCAUUCAAACAUAACUGGAUUGGCCAAGGGUCAUAGAGGACUUACAAGUAAGUAUUCUCUUUGAGGAGGCCCAAUUUCACUUAGGCUCAUUUCAGACAUCAUGUUUCCUAGGCUGUAGUUGGGAAUGUACCCAACUCUCCUUCCUCUUCUUUUUUUUCACAUGUGGAGUCCUCUACCUUUACCACACUUUGCUGUAAUGUUUGCACUGGGGCUGAUCAGGGACCCUCAAGUCAGGGUUUGGAAAUCCACUGGAAUGCAAUCCUGAUUUGCAUUAUUUAGUCCCAGUUAAGACAUAAUGGCAUAUAUGGCUAUAAUGGGCCAUAAAAGAAAGUGGCGGGAGGAGGAAUGCUGCGUGCUAAAUUUCCAGUCUCCAAACAUGGCUGAACUGACCCUUAGUAUGUCCACAUUGAAUUGGAAUGAUAUUUUUCUGAGGCCUGGCGGCAUCCUCUGCCUGGAGCCUGGAGAGCUCCGCUUUCAGCUUUUAACCUCUGACUUCCUUCCUUCUAGAUAGACGGUAGCUCUGGUACCAACUUCUGGCAAACUGGAGCUUCUGUCUCACACUGCACAGUGGUGCCAACAGGCCAUGCUGCCCUGUGGUCCACAAAAUUUAAUGGUAUGGUCUUACUGUGUAAAGUCUGUGGAGAUGUUGCUUCAGGAUUCCACUAUGGAGUACACGCCUGUGAGGGCUGCAAGGGCUUUUUCAGAAGAAGCAUUCAGCAAAAUAUACAAUAUAAGAAGUGCCUGAAGAAUAAUAACUGUUCUAUAAUGAGAAUGAAUAGAAAUAGAUGCCAGCAGUGCCGAUUCAAAAAAUGUUUGUCAGUCGGGAUGUCAAGAGAUGCUGUUCGAUUUGGUCGGAUUCCUAAACGAGAGAAGCAGAGGAUGCUGAUUGAAAUGCAAAGUGCCAUGAAAACCAUGAUGAGCACUCAGUUCAGUGACCACUUGCCUAGCGAGGUGUUGAAAGAGAGCCAAGAACCAUUACUCCUGCUGCCUCAGGAAGAGCUGAACUCCAAAUCACAGCAAGAGCAAGAAAAUAACAACAGCCCAUCUUCUCCUGCUCCUGUCCCCCCUCCCCCUCUUCCUCCCUCCCUCCCCUCUGACAUGGCCAAGGAAGAAGUGAUUGGCAUGGUGACUCGAGCCCAUAAAGAUACUUUCAUGUACAACCAGGAGCAGCCAGAAAGUCCUCCCAUAGCUGUGCAGCCCCAGAAUGGGGAAAGAAUUCUCAAGUACCCGGAGCCAUAUCAUUCCGGUGGUAACCCUGACAGUAGCAGCAUGAGCAGCCGCCACCAUGGUGGGAAGGAGCAACAUUUCAAUGGACAGUACAAAGGGCAAAGCAGCAUGUAUUAUCCAGAUGGGCAUCACCUUUGCUUCACAAGCAGCCAUUCUAUGAACUUGACUGAUGGCCUCAUCUUAAAAGGUUGCAAUAGGAUGCCCAGAAAUGGUUUUUCUCCAAAUGGAUCUAUGAAUGUUUACAAUUGCAGCACUGGAGGCAGGAUGCAUCUGGUUUGCCCGAUGAACAAGACUCCUUUUGUGGACCCAAAUAAAUCUGGUCAUGAAAUCUGGGAAGAAUUUUCCAUGAGCUUCACCCCUGCAGUGAAGGAAGUGGUGGAGUUUGCCAAACGUGUUCCAGGCUUCCAAGAUCUUUCUCAGCACGACCAAGUAAACCUCCUAAAGGCUGGAACCUUUGAGGUUUUAAUGGUACGGUUUGCAUCUUUAUUUGAUGCAAAGGAUCGUACUGUCACCUUUCUUAGUGGAAAGAAAUACAGUUUGGAUGAUCUGCGUUCAAUGGGAGCUGGUGAUCUCCUCAACUCCAUGUUUGAGUUUAGUGAGAAGCUAAAUGCUCUGAAUCUUAGUGAUGAAGAAAUGAGCUUGUUUACAGCGGUGGUCCUUGUGUCUGCUGAGCGAUCAGGAAUAGAAAACGUUAACUCUGUGGAAGCACUGCAGGAAACGCUCAUCCGUGCACUCAGGACCUUAAUCACGAAAAAUCAUCCAAACGAAGCUUCUACAUUUACAAAACUACUUCUGAAGCUGCCUGACUUGCGUUCUUUAAACAACAUGCACUCUGAGGAACUUCUAGCCUUUAAAGUUCAUCCAUAGGCAUUUACCUCUUAUUUAUAUAAUGGACUUGCUUAUUGUUAAUUCACUGUGUGUCUGUUGUGCUGAAAUGUUUAUUUAUGUUUGUAUGUAUCUCUUGUGAAGAACUCGCUGACUCCGUGUGAUGGUUAGAUGUUGAGUGGUCAUGCAGUAAUGCUUCAAGUUGAACAUUUUCCCACCAGUGAAAAGGACCACAGAUUUUUUCAUGAUUAUCUAAACUAGUCCAUUUGCACUAAAGUUGAACAAGUACACUACAUCUUAUGGUCACUGACCUUUAAGUACUGUGCCCCUACAACAAAAAAAUACUAAUUUUCUCUGUUUUAAGGAAUGAACAUAAAUGCACAAUGGCUACAUGUGGAAGAAAGAGGAUAUGCAAAUAACACUGCAAUGACUGAAAAAAGAUUUAAUUGGGGUGUUUGUCAUUGUCUCUCUGUUCUCCCUCCCCUGUUUGAGCUCAUCUCAGCAGGGUAGGAGGCUCUGAAAAUCUGUCUGUAGUUUCGCAAUUCUCAUUCAAGGAAAUGCCAUGGGACGUCUUAGUGUGUUCCCACUCAGUUGCUCUAAAUGACUCGUGUGCUGUGUAUGGAGAUAUGAACAGAGAUGUUGGGUGCGUAAUAUACGUUGUGUAUGUACAUAUUCAUGUGUAUGUAUAUAAAUAGCUUUCCAUAAGCAACAGACCUAUAUCUUCACAAUAUUUUCAAGUGUGAAGAAGUUAACCAAACAAAAGAUGACCCAUGGGAACAACCAGAUUGAUGUAUUUGGUUGUCUACUGUUAACCCUUGAGACACCAUAAUGUUUAGAGAAUUGCAUGUUAACAUUGAUAUGUGGAAAAUCUAUUAAAUACUACAUCACCAAAAGUGUAUGGAAGAUAAAACCUCUAAAGGAAGGAAAGGUAUUAGACUAGGCUGAUUUUUUAAAAAGUCAUUGAACCUGAGAUAUCUUAGUGCCUAAUGGGCAUUUAAAACUGCUGGAAACAUUCUAAAAGGAAACUUUAAAGCAUCAUUAUAGUGCUUUAAAACUCAAAUUAUAUUAAUUUUUGUUGCAUAUUUGUGUGUGUUCUGUGAAUCACUUUGCACUACACUUAUAUGCUUCUUGAAUGUUACAUAAGAUGACACAAUAUUUGUGUCACCCCCCCCCAGUUGUCAGAGCUGAUUUGUUAAAACUUUUUUGCUGUACACAAGAAAGGUCUUCUGCAUUGUCUAAUAUAUCUGUUUUCUAUAAAUGUGCUUUUUUAAAAAUAUCAGUGACAAAUUCCUAAAUUCAAGGAUCUGCUUUGUAUCCUGCUGUAUCUCAAAACAUUUUCAUAGAAUAUCUACAAAAGAAAAGGUGAAAUGAAUCUCCAGCUGAGCCAGAGUAUUUUAACUUCAUGUUUCAGAGUAUGAAAUGAAACAUGCUUUGGUUUGGAUGCAAACCUGAUCAUUCUUAGACUCUCUGCAAAUGACUUAAGAGUGGAUCAAAUCCUCUGUCAUCUGUCUCCUGAUACAGAUCAAAUAUUGAAUUCACAGUUUACAAUGUUCAUAUCACAACCUGGAAACAAUUACAUGAUUGGGGAACUCCAAACCUCUCCCAUUAAGGUUAUGUGAUGAAUCAUGGAUUUGAUAGAUGUUGGUUUAGGUCUAGUUUUCACUAAACUAUUGUUACUGAGAGAGUUGCCAUAUGUUAGUGAAGGUAGAUUUAGUGCUCUGUUGUAGCAUAAAGUGUGGAACGUUUUGUAUUUGCUGCUUUCAAAAAAACGUGAUUAGGUUCUGUCUCAAAGCAGUCUUAAUUCAAAGGGGAGUGUACAUUCCUUUUCUGCACAAAAUGGAGGCCACUGUAUUCUCAUUCCUCUAGAGGAAGAGUUGCUCAUUCCUGUUUCAGAUGAACUAUCACUUUGCCAUUUUGUCAGAAGACCUUCCCUCACAGUAACACUUUUACAUUUUCAAAACAUAAAUUGCCAAUUUGGUAGGAUGCAUGUGUUUUUCUUAAAAGUCAAAAAAGAAAGUUGCUCUAAUUCUAGGCUUCCUACAGAAGUCUCUUCCCUGUAUAUAUAAUGUCUUGACUUUUAUUAUUCUGGCUUUAGAAAAUUAUAAUUAGCAUUCUGCGAGAUACUGCUUAAAAAUCCCAUGUAUAUAUGCACAUAGAUUAGAUUAUACUGUAAAAUAUUCAUACAAUUUCAUUUUAAAUAACAUGUUCCUGCACAUUGCAGAAAAACUUUAUUUUAAUUACCGAAUUCUAGAUCCAUACUCAAUUUUUAGAACAUCCCCUGUGUUGCAGUCUUUAAGGCCCAGUACUCCGGCUAUGCUGGUGGCACCAGGAUUGCUGCAGCAUUAUUGCUUCCCACCCUGUGGGGUGUUGGAGAGAGCUACAAAGCAGCCCUUCUUGCCAUUAGCAUCAGCCUCCAGGUAACUGGGAUGACACUGGUGUAGAGGAGCACUGCUUUGCAUAGUCCCAAGCAAUGCAGAAGAGCAAGUUUCCGCUGCAGUCCCCCGUGGCCAGAGUGAACACAAGGACUAGGCCUCCAUGAGUUGAUCUAAAGAAGCCAUUUAUCAUGAGCUCUGCUUUACUGUGCCACUGGUUAUUCACUUGAGAAAUAACAGAAAUAUUUCAUACCAGACUGUUGAGUACUUACUGUUGAUGGGGCAUUGCUGAGAGAUUACAAACAUGUACUGUAUGAACCUAAAUGAUUUUACCUCUGGUUUUACAUGUUUUAAAAGAUUAAAUAUGGGCAUUAUGUUGGCAAA